CACGCUCCUCAAGUUGCUGGAUGUUUUUCGGCUUUAACAUUUACCUUUCGGAAUCAGGUCAAAGCGGUUGCUUUCUUUUGGCAUUGCCACGCCCCAAACGGUUAUAUUUUGUAUUCGAUUUUUUACUUUGGCAGCGCUUUCCUUUCGCCCGCGGGCAGCAUCUUAACUCUUUUCGGGAUUUUUGCAGGGUCAGGCAAGGUCAAUAUAUCACCGCUUUACAUAUUCAUUUAUUCAUUUGUCUGCUUUUUUUUGUGUAGUUUACGACAAGUAAAAGUUGAACUGUUUUUUUUUUUCGUUUUUGUGUCAACACUCACAUGUCGUUAAAGUCGAAAUUUUAAUGCCAAUUGUGUAAGGCGUGAAAAUUUCACUUUUCCAAUUCGACACGAGUUUCAAGCUGCAAUCUGUAGUACUAAUAACUGGCAAAUCAACAACAAAGAGCCGUGGCUUAAAAACUGUGAUUCAAUCAAGUAUAAAUACUUCUAUUGUUUUCGGAUUUCCCACGACUUUUCAUCAGGCUUUUAACUUUGAAUUUUCUCAAAUAAACUAUUCUUUGCCCUUGGUAUUUGAACUUAAGCGUGGAGUUUAACUUAAUGGCAUAAAGUAUGCAUUUAUAAGGGUAAUAUUUUGCACUUAACCAACUAACAAACAAGUUUGAUUUAUUUCUUAUACAAUUUAAAUCAUGUUUUACAACUACACCCCUUCGUUUUGCUAACCUUUAUGUACUUCUACAUAAUUUAGAGCACACAUUUCCAAUUUAAUUCCAUCCACACCUGAUCAUUUCGAUAUCGGUUUAACUGUUUACCAAGCUUCUACCAAUCAAUCUGUAAAUAGACCUUAAUUUUGAUACCGCACCUCGCCCAUUUAUGCGUAAACCGCACGCCGAGCAUCGUUAAUCAUUUUGAAAGUUCAUUAGAUUUCGUUGGCUUGUUCCACUGAAUUAAGGAACCAACUGGGUAGAAACGACUUGAAAUUGAUGUUAAUUAUGUUGCCAACAGUUGCUACUAAAAUUAAAAAAAAAAAUAAUAGUAUAAAGAAGAGACACCGAAGCGAGUGUAUGCGUUACAGUGGAGCUCAAUGAACUGCUCCUAGGUCUCCUCUGCCCACGGCUAUAGAUUGUUGUCUCAGAUUGCUAUUGAUGGCGUUUUUUCACUUGACUGGGUGCGUUUUGUUUGGUUCAAGGCUUCCACUUGCCUAAUCUGUAGGUAAAUGAAAAUUGUUCUACUUACUCCAAAGCCUCAUAAAUCAAUUUUGGUUUUUAAGUUUGUAUACGUCAUUAGCUUCUACCGCAUGGAAAUUGUUAUUAAUCUUCGGUGCUGCUGCUGCUGCGACGAUUGAUUCACUCGAACAAUUACAAUGCGAAAAUCAAUGAAGCUGAUGAUGAUUGUCGAUAAUGAUGGGGGCAACCUCAACCGACUUUGGCUGCAGCAUCAUUAGCAUUUGCAUCAGGCUAACCCCGAUUCUUUAGCAGCAUUGCUCAUCUGCAUUUUUAAGGAAAUUCUCGAGUAAUUCGCCAUAAAAACGAGACACGUUUGAUGUUCUGCAAACAAAGCAUAAAUCAAAUGCAGAAUGUGUUUGAUUUAUGGGGGUUUCAUGUGUGCAUACAUAUGUACGUGUGUAGUUAAAAGCAUGCCACCAAUAUUUAUACUCAAUUGCCAAAACAGGAAUUGAAAUUUCGUCGGCUUCCUCUGUGGCGUAUUUUGUUGUUUUGAUUGAUUGUUUCAAUGGUCAGGCAUUUUUUUUUUGGUAUUUCGCCUUUUUGGCAAUUAAAGCAUCCAUGAAUUUGAUGGACUUUAAGUAGUAUUGUAGUUUGCUUCCGCAAACGCGUCGUACUUGAGCAGAAGCUCGUUAAGUUGCUGCUGAACCUAAUGUAUUCAUGUGUGACUUUAAGAAAUCGCAAUUACAAAUAGCUGCUGCAAAGCAAAAGCAAAAAUAAGCACAAAUCGCUUCGAAUGGCCAAAAAAACAAAAAAAAACCGCUUGCCCAACUCAACUUUAAUGACCCACAAUGCGUCAAUGCUCAAACAAAUCUAUUUCUCCCCCUGUCAGCAGUAAAAUUUCAAUUAAAAUAGUGGAAAAAAAAAAUAAAUCGAGUUAAAAAACGCGUGUGCAACGCCAGCGUUUUUGGUUAGCCAUCUCAGCCGUUCCCAAAUGAUUCCCUGCGUGAGUUUGGCCGAAACGAGCGUCAUUGGCAACAUGAAGGAGCGGGUCAAGGAAAUGAAGGUGUUCGGCUGCCGACUCAACUUCUGGAACCACAUUGGUCACAGCCUGACCAGUUCCAAAACCAAAGAAGGCAACGGCAGUUCUCCAGCCCAGAAUUCAACGCGCAGCAUCAGUCCCAACAGCUCCACGACCAACAGUCAGUUUAGCUUGCAGCACAACAGCUCGGGGAGUCUCGGCGGAGGAGUGGGCGGCGGAUUGGGAGGCGGAGGCAGCCUUGGCCUAGGCGGCGGAGGAGGAGGUGGCGGCAGUUGCACGCCCACAUCGCUACAGCCUCAGUCCUCGCUGACAACUUUCAAGCAGUCCCCAACUCUAUUGAACGGCAACGGAACUCUAUUGGAUGCCAAUAUGCCUGGCGGUAUACCCACUCCCGGAACACCAAAUUCCAAAGCCAAGGACAACUCCCACUUUGUCAAGCUGGUGGUGGCUCUCUAUCCAUUCAAGGCCAUCGAAGGCGGCGAUUUAUCGCUGGAAAAGAAUGCCGAAUACGAAGUGAUAGAUGACUCACAAGAGCACUGGUGGAAGGUCAAAGAUGCCUUGGGGAAUGUCGGCUAUAUACCCAGCAACUAUGUCAAGCCGAAGGCUCUUCUGGGCCUGGAGCGCUAUGAAUGGUAUGUGGGCGACAUGUCACGACAGAGAGCCGAAUCGCUGCUGAAGCAAGGUGAUAAGGAGGGCUGCUUUGUGGUCAGGAAGUCAUCGACCAAGGGUCUCUACACACUAUCGCUGCAUACCAAAGUUCCACAGUCGCAUGUGAAGCACUACCACAUCAAGCAAAAUGCUCGCUGCGAGUAUUAUUUGAGUGAGAAGCACUGCUGUGAAACAAUUCCGGAUCUGAUUAACUACCAUCGCCACAACUCUGGGGGUUUGGCUUGCCGACUCAAAUCCUCGCCCUGCGAUCGCCCAGUUCCACCGACGGCGGGAUUGUCCCACGACAAAUGGGAGAUCCAUCCGAUGGAACUGAUGCUGAUGGAGGAGCUUGGAUCGGGACAGUUUGGUGUUGUGCGGCGCGGCAAGUGGCGUGGGUCUAUCGACACAGCGGUCAAGAUGAUGAAGGAAGGAACCAUGUCCGAGGACGAUUUCAUUGAGGAGGCCAAGGUGAUGACCAAGCUGCAGCAUCCAAAUCUUGUGCAGCUAUAUGGCGUCUGCUCCAAGCACCGGCCCAUCUACAUUGUGACCGAGUACAUGAAGCACGGAUCCUUGUUGAAUUACUUGCGACGGCAUGAGAAGACCCUGAUUGGUAAUAUGGGUCUACUCCUUGACAUGUGCAUACAGGUUAGCAAGGGAAUGACCUACCUGGAGCGCCAUAACUACAUUCACCGGGAUCUGGCUGCCCGCAACUGUCUCGUGGGUUCCGAGAAUGUCGUUAAAGUGGCCGACUUUGGAUUGGCCCGAUACGUUCUCGACGAUCAGUAUACCAGCUCUGGCGGAACCAAGUUCCCCAUCAAGUGGGCCCCGCCCGAAGUGCUCAACUACACGCGCUUCUCCUCUAAGAGCGAUGUGUGGGCAUACGGUGUGCUGAUGUGGGAGAUCUUCACUUGCGGCAAGAUGCCAUACGGUCGCCUAAAGAAUACCGAGGUUGUGGAGCGUGUGCAGCGCGGAAUUAUCCUAGAAAAACCAAAGUCGUGUGCCAAGGAGAUUUAUGAUGUCAUGAAGUUGUGCUGGUCACAUGGACCCGAGGAGCGUCCCGCUUUCCGUGUGCUCAUGGAUCAGCUGGCUCUUGUGGCCCAAACGCUAACCGACUAAGGAGCGGACCAGAUUGCGGCACCCAUCGCCUGAAAUUAACACGCACUGAACACACUGAAGCAUCUUAAGAUAUUGAAGAACGUUAAAGGCAUUACAUUUAAGGUUACAAAAGCGGCGAAAGAAAGAUAUAUUUAGAUUUAUACAUAUAUGUAUAUGAAGCAUAAGAUUUAGUUAAGCGCGAGCCAGUUUACAUUACGGCACAAGCCCCAUAUGAUUAUGGUAUAUUUGGAUUAUAUGAUAGAGCUAGAGCUGAGCAAAUGAUAUCAUUAUGUUUAUGAACGCGUUAACUGUUAGACAAUGAGAUACGAAGCGCAACAACUGACAGUCACAUAUAGUAACUAUAUUAAAUGAGAAAACGGAAAUGCAUUAAAGUAUAGAGAACUGUAGUUAAUAGUCAAAUUUUUGAUACAUUUCACAUACCGAAAGCGAUAUAAAAAAAUUAUAACGAUACAUGCAUAUGAUACGAUAUUUAAAUGUGCUUUUUUAAAUAGCGAGCCACUGUGCUAAGUAAAAUAUGAUUAUCUCUAAAGAAUGAUAGAAACAAACAAACAAGAAAACUGAUUAUGCAUUAAAUAUUAAAUGUAAGCCUCAAGUCGAAAGCGAAAUGUUUGCACAACUGAUAAAGGAUGAAGGAACCGAAGGAUGAUAAGAAAAGAGUUCGCCAAGAAACAUAAACGAUUUUUAGACUAGAUUUGUACGUGCGUAGUUUAAGUUUUGUGAUUUAUUGUUUAAUUCUUGCAGACGAUUUUUAUUUUUAUUUAAUUUUGAUCUUGCGAUGGCAUCACCCACGCUCACAGUAUGAAUCAAGUACGGUAUAAUUACGAGAAAUUUAUACGUUAUGCUUUAUAUUUUAACUGAAUUCUUUCGUUUUUUUGCAAUGUCUAUGCGAUAUAAAUCUAUAUAUCUAUACACAUAUUUUACCCUAUUUUUAUGAACGUUUUACUUAAUUAAUUUUAUCAUUUGAUUAAGCAACCAGAAAUGCAAAAGAGAAAAGAAAAAACAGAAAAUCAAAUAAAAUGUACGAUAAACAUUU